CUUCUUCGUCUCGUCACUUGCUUCCUCUUCUGUGUUAUGUGGUUAUUGGCAACAUUAAGUCUCUUGAUCACCAGGUAGAACACGUUGUUGAGCCUGCUCUCUAAGGACAAGACAGUAUCAGUAUAAGACAGAGGAUUACAAUUUGAUUUCACUGAUGGGAUCCAGUAGCGUGAUUACACUGAGCGGAGAUCUUCUUGAAGGCUAUGAUGAAUUAUAUGACAACUACUCUUCAUUUUACAACUCAUCUUAUGACUACUGUUGCGCUGGGGGUGACGUAUGCGACCUGAACGAGAACAUGCAUUUUGGGGCGGUGUUCAUCCCAGUUCUGUACUCGGUGGUGUUUUUUGUUGGUGUCCUGGGGAAUGGAGUGCUCCUUGGAGUUCUGUUUCAGUGCAGGAAGACCUGGAGUGUGACAGACACCUUCAUCCUCCACCUGGCUUUGGCAGAUAUCCUGCUGCUGCUGACGCUGCCCUUUUGGACUGCACAGGCAGUUCAAGGAUGGACCUUUGGCACGCCUUUCUGCAAGAUCAUUGGAGCUGUUACCACGAUUAACUUCUACUGUGGGAUCUUUCUCCUGGCCUGCAUCAGCCUGGACCGCUACAUGUCCAUCGUCCACGCUACCCAGAUGUACUCUCGCAGGAAGCCCUGGAUGGUGCAGGUCAGCUGCUUGGCAGUGUGGCUCUUCUCCAUGCUCCUCUCCACCCCUGACUGGAUCUUUUUGGAGGCUAAGGAGGAUGACAGGCGACUCAUAACGGAGUGCGUCCGCAACUACUUAAUGUUCGCCUCUCAGUCACUACAUGAUUGGCGGCUGGCUUCACGGGUCCUCUACCACACGGUGGGCUUUCUGCUGCCUUCAGCUGUCCUGAUCUUCUGCUACUCCUGCAUUCUGUGGCAGCUGCGAUGCGGCUCCCAUAGCCUCCAAAAGCAGAAAGCUUUCAAGGUAAUCAUGGCCGUGGUGGUCGUAUUCUUCCUCUGCUGGACACCACAUAACAUCACACUCAUGGUGGACACACUUUAUUCUGAAAGCAGCAGGGAGACCUGUGGGGCCAGAAAGUCUCUGGAGAAAGCCAUUAUAAUCACCACCUGCCUGGGCUACGUCCACUGCAGCCUCAAUCCCAUCCUGUAUGCUUUUGUGGGUGUGAAGUUUCGGCGUCAGCUCUGGCAGAUCCUCAGAUCUCUGGGCUGCAAGCUGAAGAUAAGUGCCAAACUCCAGGCUGCCAGCAGUAGGAGAAGCUCCAUUUGGUCCGAGUCUGCUGACACGUCCAAAUCCAUUGCAAUCUGAGAGGGAGAUACAAACCUGAAGAAGCUUUUGAACCAACUUAAAACUGACAUGAAGACAGCAACGUGUGCAGCUAACCAUAGUGUAUUUCUGUAGUUCCUGUAUUAUAUAACCUGAAGCAGUUUUCUUUUAUGUUCCUUCCUUAGUUUCAUAGUGCAUUAGUAGUUGAACACUGUUAUACUAUUUCUUAUACAAACUUUUAAGUGGCGUUUAUGUUACAAUAUUGCAUUAUGUUUAUUUUUGUAUAUGGAAUGUUCAAAUGUGUGAUUAAAUUUGUUUUGUUUUUUUUUUUUAACCAUAAACCAG